GGGGGGGGAGGGAGAGAAACACGACUGUUUAAAGUGCUUUAAAUGUAUACAGUGGUGCCUUGGUUUGCGAACGCAAUCCGUUCCGUGGAGGCGUUCGCUCGCCGAUAGAGUGCUUCUGCACAUGCACGAGCUGCGCAGAUUGCGUCUGCGCAUCUGACGCCGCGGAACCCGGAUGUAAACCCUCCUGGGUCCGCAGCGUUCGUAAACGGAGGUUUUUGUAAAUGGAGGUAGGCGUAAACCAAGGUUCCACUGUACUGCAGAUGGGGCCUCAAACUGUGGAGUCUGUUACCGGCUGUGAUGGCUCUGAAACGGGAUUAGGUGAAAUCAUGAAGGAUAAGUCUCAAUGGCUACUAGUCAAGAGAACUGCUACCGGGUUUCUCCAAAAAUAAGACACCUCAAAAAACAACAACGGUGGCUUAUUUUCAGGGGAUGUCUUUUUUUAUUAAGUAUGGUACAGUUUAACCUACAAGGUUAAACUGCCUAUCACUGUGGCUUAUUUUCGGGGUAUGGCUUAUUUUUGGAGAAACACGGUACCUCCAGGAUCAGACACAGCAUGCCCCUGGAUACCAGUUUCUAAUGAGAAACAGCAGGAAAGGGCAACUGUGCUUGUGUCCUGCUUUGGGCCUCUCAAAUGCAUCUGGUUUGCUCUCCUGAGAACAGAGCGCUGGACCAGAUAAGCAUCUGGUUUGAUCCAGCAGGGCUCUUUGCUUGAUUCCUUUGCAUUGGUUAUAAUAAGAAUAUCCAUAUUGGUCCAGGUCAACUUUAUGCUGCUGAAAUGAUUCUUCCUUUAUGACCUAUACCAGGCAUCCCCAAACUUCGGCCCUCCAGAUGUUUUGGACUACUGUUCCCAUCAUCCCUGACCAUUGGUCCUGUUAGCUAGGGAUCAUGGGAGUUGUAGGCCAAAACAUCUGGAGGGCCGCAGUUUGGGGAUGCCUGACCUAUACUGUAGUUUAAACAAAUCUUCAUUGGACUGACUACUUGAGUAUAAGCCACACUGGAAAAGGGCGUGCAUAGAACUGUAGCCCCUGAAGGAGUUGAAAUACUGUAUAAAGGACAUAUCCAAAAAAUGAUGUACACAUGUAGCCCCAAGUAGUUGGAUGAACUUGUCUCUGUGUGUGAAUGAAUUGGCAUUACCAGCUAUAUGGAAAGGGAAUAUACAUGCUUAAGUUGUUAGAACUAAUUCUGUAUUGGUGGUCAAGGAAUAUGAUUUAUCCAGAUUUGCAGAGAAAACGUGGCAACCAGAAUUGAAUUUUUUUGUUCUUCUGUGCUUGCUCGAACAUACUCUCCAUCAUUUUUUAGAUUACAUUUGUGCAGUAAAUGCAAAUCAUCCUAACACUAAACAAAUAUUUACUAUGUUUUUGACACUUUCCGGUUGAAUUCUAGAAUUAAGUUGAUAGCUUGUUGGUUCCUAUUUGAAGUAAAAAUAAUAGUUAAGCAUGCUACCAUUUGCCAUUUGUAGUGUAGUAUGAAAAUACAUGCAGUGGCAUAUGAAGAAGUGAAUUGCUGUUUGGCAUGGAAUGCUUUUUUAUUAGAUGAUUUUUGAGGGAUUUUGCAUUAAGGCUGUUGCAGAAGAAACAAGAUUUGCAUGUUUCAUGUUGCAGUGAUAAAUACUUGGGAGAUUGAUUUUUAUUCAGUGUUUAAUAAGGUUGUGAUCCUGUGCAGUUUACCCUCCGAGAACAAAUCCCAAAUAAAGCGUUUGAGUAGUGGGAGCUUUUUGGCUCCUAGCUGGGGUGGAUGGGUGGGCAGUUCUACCCUAGUUGUGUAUUUUCCACCCCACUUACUUCUCCAUCUAUAUAUAAUCUCUGUGGGUGGUAAGGUGGUUGAGUGAGUAGUCUCUCUUGGCAGCUUAAUCCACACCUGGACACCAGUUCUCUGCACUGAGGAUCUGUCUGAGCAUGACACUGAGAGCCCUGCUGGAUCACCAAUAUUCUGUUCUUACAAUGGCUGACCAGGUGCCUAAGAGACCUGAGUGCAACAGCGCUCUUCCCACUUGCGAUUCCCAGCAGUUGCUAUUCAGAGGCACACUGCCUCUAAAAUUGUAGGUAGAACAUAGCCAUCAUGGCCAGCCUUAUUUGCCUGACAUGGAGACUGCCACAAUCUCAAUCAGAUUAGAGAUUAAUAAAGAAAAUUGUACCCAAUCUUGUUAAUCUUUUUGUGGUCUUUGAUAGUGUUCAUCAUGGUAUGUUAGCAAAUGGACUGUGGGACAUGGUUACAGCUUAUACUCGAAAUGAGCAUUUCUGACCAGUUGAUGGGACAGUAGCCAACUACUGUGUCCUGUCACAGCAAGGAUUUAUACUUUUGCAUCUGGAGUUCUCCUCUCAUUCAAGCCCCGUACCCUCUCAAAAUCUGCUCCAGGGGAUUGGGGGAACCAUGAGCAGAUUUAGGGGGCAGGUAGGGGAGGAGAUGAGCCAAUUCUAUUGUGCAAGCAGGAAUCCGUGCACUGACAGAACAUUCAUAUAGCGCUGUUGGAUAUAUAGAUACAGAAUGUAGUCUUAAAAUGUGGAAAGGUGCCAUUGGUCUGCUUCUGGCAAGUCAUUAAUGUGUCCUCCAGUUUCACUAAGCCAAGUGGGACAGAUUGUGCAGCGUCUUGUGUGUCUGCUGAGGCUUUGUCAAUAGACUACCGAGCCUCUUGGGCUUGCCGAUCAGAAGGUCGGCGGUUCGAAUCCCUGCAACAGGAUGAGCUCACAUUGUUCUGUCCCAGCUUCAGUUCAAGAGCUUACCAAUGCGAGUGGAUAAAUAGGUACCACUGUGGUGGGAAGGUAAACAAUGUUUCCAUGCUUUCUGGUUUCCAUCAUGGUGUUCCAUUGCGCCGGAAGUGGUUUAAUCAUGCUGGCCACAUGACCCAGAAAACUGUCUGUGGACAAAGGCCGGCUCCCUCGGCCUGAAGCGAGAUGAGCGCCACAACCCUAUAGUCGCCUUUGACUAGACUUGUCCGUCCAUGGGUCCUAUACCUUUACCUGUGCGUUUCAAAGUAACAGAGAAGAGGCAGUGUUGGCUAUUUAAAUCUUAGACAAAUACACAUUUUGCUAUUGCCUACUUUACUUUUUCCACUUAAUUCAGUAACGAUCACAUAGUGUCUCCAGAUGUGUCUUUAACUUAGGGCUGGGUGAUAUAUGGUUUUCAACAUUGUGAUAUACAGUCGUACCUCAGGUUGCGAACACCUCGGGUUACGAACAACCCGGGUUACGAACUUCCCAAACCUGGAAGUAUUUUUGCCGCGUGCACAGAAGCGCUGCGCGCCUUUGCACAUGCGCAAAGCGUGAAAAUAGCGAAAAUAGCGCUUUGCGCAUGCGCAAAACGGCGGUUCGGGCCCUUUUCGGGUUACGAACUUUUCAGGUUACGAACUGCGACCCAGAACGGAUCGCGUUCGUAACCCGAGGUACCACUGUACCACCAGCUAAACACCACAAUAUAUCACCAUGUCUGAAAUAAGGAUGGAGCUAUGUUAGAGGCAUUGGCUAGUUUCAGUUUUCCCCACAUUGUGAUUUUUUUCAUGAUUCUCAAUAUAUUGCCAGGUCAAAAAUUAUGAAACUGAUAUCACGAUAUGGACUUCAAACCAGUUUUGGACAAUUUAUUACCCAGCCCUAACACACUUCAUGAUUUGCGAUAUAUUGUCAGGUCAGAUCAAUAUAACGAUACGGACUUCAAAACUUUUUCAGAUGCCCAGCCAUUCUAGUCCACUUUAGAACAGAACAAGAAACUGACUGAGUAAGGCAAGUGUACUUGUUUGCUAAACUGCAAGUCUGAGAUAGGCAUGGGGUAAGAAGGCAGUGCAGGCAACUUCUGAAAAGAUGUAGAGCAGGUCUGAGCUGGGAAACACCAGCAUAGUGAUAGGUUUAAUGUACUACACUCAGCAUACAAUACUUACUAUAAAAUAAAUAUAUAAGAGAGCUGCCAUCUGGCCAGUUUUAAACCAGUCUGACAGCUUUUCUUGGCAUUUUAAACGUAUGCUUAAGAGAGACUUUCCCCCCACUAUUGCAAGAGAAGAGAAUGGUGGAAAGAUCUGAUAAUUAAAUUACUGCAUUGGCUGUUUUUAAGCAUUUUAAUGAAAUUGACAGACAAAGCAGUAAAUUUGACUAUUUCCUUUAGCUUCAGAUGUGACACCUUUCUUUGAACAGGGUUAUAACAACUUGCUGGUGUUAGGCAUAAAUCAUUUUGCUAGUAGUAGGGGAAUAUACACACAACUCUGUAUACCAGAGAUAGCAUGCAGUUUCUGGUGCAGAGCCCUGUAUUGUAAUGAAAAGUGUGGAAAACUUACUACUUCAAUGCACUCGGUGAUUGCUAUUACAGCUAUAUUCUACUAGUCCAGGGGUCAGCAACCUUUUUCAGCCAUGGGCCGGUCCACUGUCCCUCAGACCAUGUGGUGGGCCGGACUAUAUUUUGAAGAAAAAAAUAUGAACGAAUUCCUAUGCCCCACAAAUAACCCAGAGAUGCAUUUUAAAUAAAAGCACACAUUCUACUCAUGUAAAAACACCAGGCAGGCCCCACAAAUAACCCAGAGAUGCAUUUUAAAUAAAAGGACACAUUCUACUCACGUAAAAACACGCUGAUUCCUGGACCGCCUGCGGGCCGGAUUGAGAAGGCGAUUGGGCCGCAUCCGGCCCACGGGCCUUAGGUUGCCUACCCCUGCACUAGUCUUCCAAGGAGCUGAAAGUGGUGUGUGUAGUUGUUAGAACUAAUUUAAACUUUUGAAUUCUCACAUGCAAUCCAUUUUUUUUAAUCCAGUGGCAUUUUAAAUGCAUUUGGGGCCUCAGAACUUGUGGAAAACUUACGUUGAAAUAGGAAGUGCAAUGAGAAAAAUCUGGUGGCGAGGUUUUUCAAUUCCAGAGGAAAAAAGCAUUGUUAAUGUUUUUCCCAAGCAAUAAGAAGUGUAAGAAGGGCCUCUGAAAGUGCUCAGUAUGGGAAAGCCUCAGGGCAUGGUCUGAAGGGGCAUGAUGGUGGCCCCUGCGUGGAAGCCGAAUAUCAGGAUCAAAGUUGCCUGUGAAUGCAUGCAUGAAUAGCCAUGUGACCCUCUCUAUUUGGAAGAUGUUUUCGUAAAGCCACCCAUACUUUUUAGUACUGCCAUGCUGUUGGUUUAACUGAUUGAUUUAAUCACUUGUAUUUGUGUUUGAUGCUUUUGCAUCAAAGGCAGCCCUGGGGUGUCUUGAUGGUUUGGGACUGACCCAGUCCCAGCAAUCUGCAUGGUAGAUUGCUGGCAUGGGAACUGUGUGCACUGCCAUUUGAGUUCCAUGAAAUAAGUGUGGGAUAUAAAUGAGAACACAGCAAGAUGUAGAAUGUUUCAAAAGUAAUUGGGGGAGUAUAGUAGGAGACUUAGAUCCUUGUUUUUCCACCCUGCUCCAGGCUCUGUUUUAACAGAUUGGAGAGCAGGGAGCAUUCCCAUCAUUGCUAAUGUACUCUACAGUGCAUUUGUAGCAUGGAGCUUCAGUAAAUAAGAUACUAAGGCACGAGGAAGGGGUUUGGGCACAGUGCAUUGUGCUUAUUUGCAACCAACUUUUCUUCUCACCCUACUGUGCUCUGCUGUCCGAUAUCAAUCCUUAGUGAUUCUUAAAAAGGUAACUUCUGUUUCAAUUCUCUAACUCCAUUAGAAGCAUUGUGUGGCUAUUCUACAGCUAUCUUCACCUUGGAAGUUACAAUCUUGUCACCCAGCAAUAUUUUCUUCAUUCUUAAGGUGUGACCAACAGUUCUAUAGAAAUUUAGACACAAUGGGUAAAGUCCAGUGGUAGAAGGCCACUUGUGCAGCAGCCAAUCUGCCUACCUCUCCAGGACAACACAAUACAGUGGUACCUUGGUUUACGAACUUAAUCCGUUCCAGAGGUCUGUUCUUAAACCAAAACAGUUCUUAAACCGAGGUGCACUUUUCCUAAUGAGACCUCCUGCCACCAGUGCCCUUCCACUGUUCGGCUUCCGUUCUUAGACCGAAGUAAAGUUUGCAAACCGGGACACUACUUCCAGUUUUGCGGAGUUCAUAAACCGAGGUACCACUGUACUGGGAGGGGUCUCCUGAACAGCAUCCCUUGUGUUGCACAGAACUGCAGUGUGAGGGGAGAAUUGCCUGAAGGUGGGUGGUGCAUGUGUGUCCUGCACCAGUGGUGUCUGGCUCUAUGCAGUAUUACAGUUUUAAGUUUGCAAGGGGUUAAGCCAUGGAUACAACCCAAUAUUUGCAAUAUUAUUUUGUUUUGCAUGGAUGAUGCUAAGGGAACAAGUUGAGGGAUAUUCUGAAAAACAGUAUAUCCAUAUAAAAUCUAAACCAAAUACUGCAACAAGGCGUCAAGAUUAUUUUGAUUGGAAGCUUUGCACCAAGCCUCAAGGUCCAUGUAAUCAUGGUUGCAGAAUUUACCUAGACUUCUUUAUCCCGCUGUCUCCAUAGCACUUCAGCUUAUUGAACAGCUAUAAAUAGCUUGGAUUCUCAGAUACCCAGGACCUGAGUAAGACGGGACUUCUGUAAGUUUAAAACCAGCAGCUUCAGUUAAACCUAGAAAUUUAUGAUCGGCGCCGAUUCCCUGUUGAGUGCAUGGCAAGACUUUAGGUAGGAUGCCCAGUUAAGCAGGCAAGAAGCUUAGAUAAAGCAUUUGCAACUGGAUUAAUACCUGUAGCUGCAAUAGCUGCCCAUCUGUCAGAUGAGCCAGGCAGAGGAAUGCUGCAAGAAGACCGACAAAGCCUUCUGAAGACACCAACGUUCUGUUAGUGCUACACGCCACCCCAAGAGAUUCCAGGGGUACCAGGUGCACUUACCAGGGUCUCCGUUUCCUUUUGGAAAAAUGAGGCACAGUGGAGACUCUGAUGUCUUUAUGACAUAUGUUUUAUUUACACAUAUAUACAACCUGAAGCCUAGGUAGAGGAGAAUCCUAGCAUUCCCCCCAUUACAGAGGGACUCGCUUUCUCUUCUUAUAGACGCACAUGGCAGGCUUGCCUUUAAAAGCAGAGACAUCAGCCAUGCUCUGUGUCUCGUUUGUUACAGCCCAUCACAGUCUGCUCACAUGCUGUCCUUGCUAGCUACCAGCAACAUACAAACAAGUAUAAGCAACUGUUUGUGCAGUUUAGUUCAUCAGUUGAUUGCUGUGGUCUGUGAUAACAGAAAUAUGACCCAUGAGCUGGAGCUGGAAUAAAUGAACUUGUAUAACUUAGUCUGCAAAGUUACCCCCUCCCCCCACCUUUUAAUUGAUGCACUUGCUUGUGUCCACCAAUGUUAUUUUUACAAGCCUGGUAUAAAUACUUUUUGGGUUUGGUGUAGAUCCCUCUCAUGUUCUUGGCACGGGCAAAGGCUUAAGAGAAAAGCAGAAAAGAAAACGUUUGUUCAUUCACUUUAAGUGUCAGAUAGAGAGCUGCACAUGGGAAUCUAUAACAGAAAUGUGUUGGGCAUCAAGCUGUUUAUUUCCAUCAGACUCCCCCACCGCCAUUGCUGGUUGGUUCCUCAUAGGAGACUUACUGACCUUUAAGCCUUUUUUACAGUAGUUGGAAGAGUUGAUGAAAUUGGGGGUUCUUAUGCUGGGGAGCACCUCACUCCCCAAAGAGAGGUGCCUCCUCACACCACCCCCCAGGGGCCUGGGAAGAGGAUGCCCCCAUCCUUAGUGGUGAACAUGAGGCCAACACCUUACUCACCUGAGAAGGCAGCAUUGGCAGCAGCAGGUGCCACCAGGCCUGCAUGACUGAAAGGCUUCCCUUUGGCGCUGGGCACUCAGCUCCCAGGCAGGCCUUGCACACAGCAAGUACAAGAAAGACCAGCAUACUGCCUACCUGCCUGUGCUGGUCCCAUGGGUAAUCCACGAGAGGCAAGGUCCAGGUCUGGUCCGUGGUCUAAAGAGUCAACAUAGUCAGUCCAAUGUAGCAGGGUAGGGAACCGGGCAAGGUCAGAAACACAGGCAGGAUCUGACAAACAGCAAUGUUGUUCCCACAACCUGGGACGGGGUCUGACCGCCUUUUAUCUCUUAUGGGGUAAUGGCCAGUCCCGAUCCCCCGACGACUCACCACCCUGUCUCGCCCAAAGGCGAGCACUCCUCCUGCAAGUACUCAGGUCUCUCCUUCUCUCAGACCUGAAUCUCUGCAGCUUGGGAGACGCCGGUGGUUUACUAGACCCAGGAGCCGCCUCAGUCUCUCCUGACUCAGCCAGUAGUGGGUCAGCUGUCGGUGAUGACCUAGCUGACGGCAACGAGGUAUUCCCCACACCUGAAGCCAGGACAGGCUCAGGCCCCUGACUCGGCCCAGCUGGUGCUUGUUGCAAUGGAAUCUGUGUACACUGAGGCUCUUCAGAAUCAGGCCCCAGACAUGGUUAAGCCGAUGCCCAAGGCAGAGGAUCCAGUGCGGACUGAGACUCCUCUGGUUCCGAGCCCGAACCCGAGUUCCAGGCCAUCACACUGACUGCCCUGCAUCCUGUUUUCCUGUCCAUUCCCAACAGUAAGGGCUAGGGGGCUGGAAUCCUUUGCCCUCUUGCUUGCUUACUCUGAGGCUGCUUCAGCUCCUGGCAACCAGCAUGCCCUGGCCAGCCCUAGAGGCACCAUUCACCUGGGGAGCUUGUAGCCAGGGCUGCUGCAACAAACAGCUGUGCAAACCUUUAGGAGGCAGAGAUGUGAGAGGGCAUCAGAGGGAGGAAGGGAGGCCAGUGUUGCCCACGGCACCCCUGACCAUCAUUCAAGGCACCCCAGGGUGCCAUGACACACUGGUUGAAAACUACACCAAGGGUUUGAGACUCAUUGGCUAACCUCACCUGGUUUACCUCUCUCUGACACCUGCAAGGCCUAGCAAUAAUUUCUUCUGGAAGGUGGUGAGCAAAAAUUAUUCAACACCCUUUAGGUUCCAGUAGCAAUCUACCCUUUUUUGUUGAGUAAUAUUUAGGUCUUCAGCAGGCAUCCCCAAACUGUGGCCCUCCAGAUGUUUUGGCCUACAACUUCCAUGAUCCCUAGCUAAGAGGACCAGUGGUCGGGGAAGAUGGGAAUUGUAGUCCAAAACAUCUGGAGGGCUGAAGUUUGGGGAUGCCUGGUUUCGAGGUAUAUAUUGUUAGUAAUAAAUUUAUUUAUGACACCCCAAACAGGAAUAUGAUACCAAAAAGAAUAAUUAACAAAAGUUCGACAAGUUGCAGGAAUGGAGACAUCAGUGUUUUAAAUGAGCUUGAGAGAGGAGGACAUAACUGUUUGGCAGGCCUUUCUGAAAAAGAUACAUUUAUAGAUACUAGAAUGGGAAAGACUUUGUUCCUGUAUUAGACCAUACAUAUACUAUUCUGUUAAGUUCUCAGUAAACUAAAUGUAUGGCUUACCUUUUUAAAAGGUGGUUUUUCUCUGCAUAGCUAUUUUUGGAAUAUAGUUUACCUUUGCUUCAGUUCAAUGAAGGUUUGUUUUGAAUAUAUUUCAUGCAAUCUCUCCUCUAAAAUCUGGCACCAGAUUCAGGGUUUUCUGAUAAGACCAGAAUUGGCAGCGGAGGCAUUGGAGAGCAAGGUGGAGGAAGAGGGCUUGGCUUUUUGGAAUGGAAACCUUGUGUGUGGCUGUGUUCAGUGUUCUCACUAGUUUCGAAAUGUCCUUUGGAAGAGUUUCAAGAGCCUUUUCUACCUUGAAUUGUUUGUGCCAAAGCUUGUAGCCGCAACAAGAGUUGCUGUUUGGAAUAGAAGAUGCCAGAGAAGACCCCUCCCUCCAGAAGCCACUGCAUGCACGGAAUGCUUCUUUUUCUUUAUACUGUAUCACUAUUUCCUUUCACUGCUGCUUCAUUACAUUUCAAGAGCAGCAUCUAGCAUGAAUUCCUUAGUUAUUUUUCUUUAAAAAUGUUUCGUAGAAUCUUAGCAUUCUGGAUUUGGAAGGGACCCUGAGGAUCAUCUAGUCCAACCCGCUGCAAUGCAGGAAUAUGCUGCUGUUCCAUGUAGGGAUCAAACCUUCAACCUUGGCAUUAUCAGUGCCACACUCUAACCCAGGCCUCCCCAGCCUUCAGCCCUCCAGAUGUUUUGGACUACAAUUCUCACCAUCCCUGACCACUGCUCCUGUUAGCAAGGGAUCAUGGGAGUUGUAGGCCAAAACACCUGGAGGGCCACAGGUUGGGAAUGCCUGCUCUAACCAGCUGAGCUGCCAAUGGUGAAUUUUAUUAUUUCAGGUGGCAAGUGGAUACAUAUUUGCGUGUUUUGAUAUUGGGUUGCCUUGGAGCAUUCAAAUACUGUCCACGGGGCUUGGGGGUGGUUCUUGUGGGUUGGACUUCAUACCCAUCUGCAACAAAUCCUGAACCCUGUGAAUAAUGGGUGCUGGACACUCCAAUGUGAUCCAGCAUCCAGACAGGCAAAUAUUGUUGUCUGAAGUAGUUAAGCAUAACAUGAAGACAGAAGUGCUUUUGGUGGUAGGGUGGAAAGAGAAAAGCCUCUGUAAUCUCCCUGCACAACAUCAUUUUUCAGUCUGUGUCAGAGUCCUAGAGACCAGAAGGGCACACUGGGCUGGAAAGGCAACAUGGCUAGUAUCCGUUUCUGCAAACUACAGUGGUACCUCGGUUUAUAAACAGUCCCGUUUACGAACGCCUCCGUUUACAAACACCGCAGACCCGGAAGUGUUUACAUCCGGGUUCCGCGGCGUCAGAUGCGCAGACGCAAUCUGCGCAGCGUGAUCUGACUCCGUGGAAUGGAUCACGUUCGUAAACCGAGGUUCCAGCAGUAUUUCUGGCUGCUACUGGAAAUCAUUCCAAGAUUGAUUCAAGUUGCUGAGUGUCAUAGAAGGGGGGCCCAGAUGCUUUACAAAAAGAGGUGUGUGUAUGUAGAUAUAUACGGCUGACUUUCCCAGGAUCUUCUUGAAGAAUCUGUAUGAGCUCCUCACUUGUAUAUUUACUAUUUGCUGCAUUUUCUUCCCACUCUUGCUCCAAGGCACUCUGGGCACUGUGCAUGGUUGUUCUCUCCGCUUUCCUACAUCAAAGGGUUGCUGUGUAUCUCUUUUAUGAGAUAGAGAGGAACAUAGGAGCUGCCUUAUUCCGAAUCAGACCACUGGUCCAAAAUGGCAGCAGCUGUCCCAAGAUUUCUGAGAAAAGUCUUUUCCAGCCCUACUUGCAGAUGGCAUUAUUUGUUAAUUUCGGUUCCUUUAUUUUUCAAUUUCAAAAAAUAUAGCACACAAUCCACAUAUAACCCCACCCCCCAAGAAACAUCCAUUGCAUAUACAAAGUAAAGGAUACAGCCAGACAUUAAGCAAGGUUGUCCAGCAGGUUAGAGUUGCUUAUAGCAGUUAAGGUCUCCUACUCUCCAUCUUAACAGGUUGUCCCAGAGUGAGCCACGGGUAGCUGGUGGCAAUUGUCCUUUCUGGUGUACUGAAUAAGCAUGUACCAUGCGAUUUCAAAAUCAAAUUUGGUCUUUGUGUUCCUGAAUGCUGUAAGAUGGCAGAGAUUGAACCUUGAAUCUUUUGCACACUAAACUGUGUUCUUGCUACUGACCUGUGGACCUUCUUCAAGGUCACCCAGUAAGCUACAUGUCUUAGUGGGGUUUUGAACUUGGGUUUCCCAAGUGCUUGUGACAUGAAGGAGUUGCUGAGUGUUUUGUUAAACAGUACCUUUUUUCUGCUUUUUUGCGAAAACAAAGGAAUGAUAGGUAUAAUUUUCAGAGCUGCUUUGUCUCAUGUGUGUGCACUUCAGUUAAGUUCUUGCUGUAUGGAAAUGAACAAGCAAGAAGAAAAAUAGCACUCAAGAAUUCAGCAUGGGGAUCUGACUUACUUCAUUUUAUUUUUGGCCAAUUUGAUGCUAGGAGGAAUUUAGACUGGGGAAUGUGGGUCAAAAUGACCUGCGCUGGUGCAAGCUGUCCAAAAGGAGCUUCAACCAUGUAGAUUUACCAGCUCUAAAACACCAUCAAUUAUACUAUGAGAUCUUUAUCUACUAAUGACUUAACCAAAAAAGCACAAUGGAGGGCAGAGAGGCAAAUAUUUUACCUAAAGCUGUUUUAUAGAAAAGAGUUCUUGGCUUCCUUCAUUUUAAAAAUAGGUGAUGUUUCUAAACUGCAAUGGUGUUAGAAAUCCAGUAUUAUUAAGCACGUGAGGCCCUUUUUUGACAUUAGCAGACAAGAGCUGCCGCACUGUGGUUCCUUUGAGAAGGCAACUCAGUAGUUGCCUACUGCAGUUGCAUAGGACAAAUCCACAUUGCUGCACAUUUUCAUACUGGUGUCUGCAUUCAUAGAAGCAGGUGCCCAGGAUGGAGCUACUGUGAUUUCCAAUGACCGUGACCUUCCAGUGUUACCUAGCAGCACAGGAAAGGGCCAUACUCCUGUGUCACCCAUGCUGCUCAAGAACAUGAGUGAAAAACUGAACGAUUCUUUGGGGGAAAUGGUAACUAUCAAGACAGAACCCUGCUCUCCAUGCCAGGAAGACGAAUAUGGGCAACUCUGUUCUGGAAAGGUUGACUCGCAGUCCGUGAAUGUAGAGCAUAAAAAACUGAAAGGAAAGCAAGAUUUGAUCAUGUCCAAGAGUUUUCAGCAAGUAGAUUUCUGGUUCUGUGAGUCCUGCCAGGAGUAUUUUGUGGAUGAAUGUCCAAACCAUGGCCCGCCUGUCUUCGUAUCGGAUGCUCCAGUCCCCAUUGGCAUCCCUGACCGAGCUGCUAUGACUGUUCCACCUGGCAUGGAAGUAGUGAAAGAGCCCAGUGGAGAGCGGGAUGUGCGCUGUGUGAACGAAGUUAUCCCAAAAGGUCGUAUUUUUGGACCAUAUGAAGGGAAGCUCUCCAGUCAGGACAAGUCUGCAGGAUUCUUCUCUUGGCUGAUUGUGGAUAAGAACAACCGCUACAAAUCCAUAGAUGGGACCGAUGAGACUACGUCGAACUGGAUGAGGUAUGUGGCCAUAUCCCGGGAGGAGAGAGAACAGAACCUCAUGGCGUUCCAGCACAGCGAGAGGAUUUACUUCCGGACCUGUCGAGACAUCCGGCCCGGGGAGAGGCUAAGGGUCUGGUACAGCGAGGAUUAUAUGAAGCGAUUGCACAGCAUGUCUCAGGAGACCAUCAUCAGAAACCUCACAAGAGGAGACAAAAAAUUACUAAGGGAAAGGUCAGAAAGAAAUCUAGAAAACCAAGACGAUAUGAGCUACCCCCUUGAGCUCACCACGUCAAAGCAAGGGAAGAGUUCCUACAAGCGCAGCUUUGAAGAAGGCGUGUCUCAACCCCAAACAAAGAAGAAGAAAAUAGACCUCAUCUUCAAAGAUGUUCUAGAGGCUUCUCUAGAGCCAACAAAGAUGGAAGAGCACAAGGUGAUAAAGAAUUCUGCUCCUUCCACUAGAAAGUCCUCCAGAUUUCAAGCGCGAGAUGCCUCGGAAGGUUGUGGGCCUGGUAUUCAUCACAGCACUCCAAAUCACAGUAGAGGCAGGAAUGAGGGUGAGUGGAAAGUCCCCCGCAGCUCCAAAGACAUUGGCCUGCCGGAAGACGAAGGGGAAGAGGCCUUGUCAUUUAAAGUGAACAGCCCCACCGAUCUGUCUCUGGCAUCGACUCAGGAUGAUGCCCUUGAGAUCCCAACAACUUCAUUGUGUCCCAACUGUGUACGGUUGAAGAAGAAGAUUCGCGAGUUGCAGGCUGAACUAAACGUGCUAAGAUCUGGCAAGUUAGCCGAGCCACCUCUACUACCUCCUCAGGUACCUGAGUACCAAGCAUUUUCAUACCCCUCAGCUUCGGAAAGCAUCAUGUCUGUUCCCACCAUGAUGGAGGACGACGACCAAGAGGUGGAUUCAGCAGACGAAUCUGUCUCCAAUGACAUGAUAACAGCCACAGAUGAGCCUUCCAAAUUGUCCGCCGUCACCAGGAGGAUUCGGCGCUUCAAGCAAGAGUGGCUCAAGAAGUUUUGGUUUCUGAGGUACUCCCCAACGCUCAAUGAAAUGUGGUGUCACGUCUGCCGCCAGUAUACGGUGCAAUCCUCUCGGACUUCGGCCUUCAUCAUCGGCUCCAAGCAGUUCAAGAUACACACAAUCAAACUUCACAGCCAGAGCAACCUCCACAAGAAGUGCCUGCAACUUUACAGGCUCAGGAUGCACCCGGAGAAGACAGAAGAGAUGUGCCGAAACAUGACUCUGCUCUUCAACACAGCCUACCAUUUAGCGGUGGAAGGCCGGCCCUAUUGUGACUUCAGGCCUCUUGCGGAACUACUGAGAAAGUGCGAGCUCAAAGUGGUGGAUCAGUAUAUGAACGAGGGAGACUGUCAAAUCUUGAUCCACCACAUUGCACGAGCUCUUAGAGAAGAUCUCGUCGAACGGGUCAGGCAGUCUCCCUUCCUCAGCAUCAUUUUGGACGGGCAGAGCGACGAUUUGCUUGCCGACACAGUUGCGGUUUACGUGCAGUAUAUCAGCAGCGAUGGGCCUCCGGCCACUGAAUUCCUCUCUCUCCAGGAGCUGGGCUUUUCUGCAACCGAUAGUUACAUCCAAGCAUUAGAUAGGGCUUUCUCCGCCCUGGGAAUCCGGCUGCAGGAUGAAAAGCCGAGUGUUGGUUUGGGAGUCGACGGUGCUAACAUCACUGCCAGCCUUAGAGCUAACAUGUACAUGACAAUCAGAAAGACUCUGCCUUGGCUGCUCUGCCUGCCCCUUAUGGUACACAAGCCACACUUGGAGAUAUUGGAUGCGAUUAGUGGGAAAGAGCUUCCUUGCCUGGAGGAGCUAGAGAACAACCUGAAGCAGUUACUCAGCUUUUACCGUUACUCUCCCAGGCUGAUGUGCGAGCUGAGGGUCACUGCUGCUACUCUCUGUGAAGAAACUGAGUUUUUGGGAGACAUCAGAGCAGUGAAGUGGAUCAUCGGGGAGCAGAACGUCCUCAACGCUCUGAUCAAGGAUUACUUGGAAGUGGUGGCCCACCUCAAAGAUGUCAGCGGCCAAACACAAAGAGCAGAUGCGUCUGCCAUCGCUUUGGCUCUCCUGCAGUUCCUCAUGGACUACCAGUCAAUUAAGCUGAUAUACUUCCUGCUGGAUGUCAUUGCCGUGCUUUCACGCCUUGCCUUUGUCUUCCAAGGCGAAUAUCUCCUUGUGUCGCAGGUGGAUGACAAAAUCGACGAAGCCAUCCAAGAGAUUAGCAGGCUUUCCGAUUCUCCCGGCGAGUAUCUCCAGGAGUUUGAGGAGAGCUUUCGAGAAAGCUUCAAUGGCGUCGCUGUGAAAAACCUACGGGUGGCGGAAGCCAAAUUCCAGUCCAUUCGAGAAAAGAUAUGCCAGAAGACCCAGGUGAUUCUAGCUCAAAGGUUUGAACCUCGCAGCCGGGCAUUUGUGAAAGCCUGCCAAGUGUUCGACCUCACAGCUUGGCCGAGGAGCGCAGAGGAGCUUAUGAGCUAUGGCAGGGAAGACAUGGUGCAGAUUUUCGAGCACCUCGAAGCCGUGCCAACCUUUUCCACGGAAGUGAGCAGAGAAGGCAUGGACCCCAGGGGGAGCUUGCUCAUGGAAUGGCGGGAACUCAAGGUGGAUUAUUAUACCAAAAAUGGUUUCAAAGAUUUAAUCGGCCACAUUUGUAAAUACAGGCAGAGGUUUCCUCUUUUAAAUAAAAUCAUCCAGAUCCUCAAAGUUCUUCCCACCUCCACAGCCUGCUGCGAAAAGGGGCGCAAUGCCCUGCAGAGGGUGCGCAAAAACAAUCGCUCUCGGCUCACCCUGGAGCAGCUCAGUGACCUUUUGACAAUUGCUGUUAAUGGACCACCUAUUGCCAACUUCGAAGCCAAGAGGGCACUAGAUAGUUGGUUUGAGGAGAAAUCUAGCAAUAGUUACGCACUGUCUGCAGAAAUGCUGAGCAGGAUGUCCUCCCUGGAUCAGAAGCCAGUGCUGCAGAGCAUGGACCACGGGUCGGAGUUUUACCCUGAUAUUUAGCAAGGAAUGCCUCUCGUUUAGAAAGCUGUUGAAUCCCUUUUUUAAGAAAAAAAAAUCAAUACUCUAAGCUUUGAUAUAGUAUAUGAAUAUAUAUAUAUAUAUUAUAUGUAUGUAUGUAAAGCCCAACACUGAAAAUUUAAAACUUAUCUGAUGGAAGCUAAGAGGAAUUUUUAUGAAUGAGACAAGACUUAACAUUUACUGACAUCUUCAACCGUGGCAGCUGCAAUGUAGGUGGCAACAUUUCAUUCUUCAGAAUCAUGUGCUGGGGCCAUAGUCUAUAUUUUCAAACUGAAUCGAUGUUAUAAGCUAGACGUGGCAGGCCAAUGUCAUCCUACUUCUCAUUAUGCUUCUGUGUGUAUGUCUUCUCUCUGUCUCUCCUCUCUCUCUUUCUUUGUUAGUUAGCAAUUGAGCCAUUUCAGCCCUCUACUAAUGAUGCUUGGGAUUUUUGAGCCCAAUGCCUACAUCUUGGUAUUUCUUUUCCAGCUUCCCAAUUUUCUCGUAGUCUAGAGUGGAUUCUUACAGCUUCUUCUGAUGAUCUGGUUCAUUUUUUGUUGUUUCUGUCAAUUGGCCCAUGAUGCCCCUUCCUUGGUCUUAACCACCGGUGGGCAUUUUCAGUGUAAGGCAAACCUUUUUUUCUGCUACUCCUGUGAAAAUUCUACUAACGAUUCAUGUAUCUUACAAUAUUGAUAGCAUGUUCAGAUGAAAAUAGCAUAAUGCAGAAGAUGGGGAACUAUUGGGGUGGGGUGUUUUUUGCAUUUAUAUUUUUAUAUAGUAGACAAUGAGAAAAAUUAAUUAAAACUCUUUACUGAAAACCCGGGCUGCUGUGGAAGCUAGAGAGCCAACGAGUCAAAGCCCCGUAACAGGGCAGAGACUCCAGGGCUUAAAAUAUGUAUGCUAAUUUUAUGUUAUUUAUACUCGGUCUUUAUCAUCAUAAAUGGGUUGUGUCUUUGUUUGGGUUUUUAUAACAAGUGAAAGAAACGCCUGCCACGUUUCUGUGGCAGGGGAUAUCAAUGCAAGAUCCGCCGUUGAUUGUCGUCACAUGACAAGGUCCUCUUAGGGGUUCACAUAUCCUCCGUUGAGUAAGGUUUGAAGUUCAGUCAUCUGGCAAAAGAAAAAAAAACAGAACGCUGUGCUUAUUCCUGUGAACUGCUUCUUUCAAAGGGGUGCAUGGUAUGGCAACAUAUUUGCAGCUCAAAUAAAACACAUCUGUGGAGAUUAUUAUUAUUUUUUACUACCCCCAACGCUUCAGGUUAAAUAAGCCAAAAGAGCACAAAACCUCCACUGCUGACUGUGCCUUGCCCUGCUAAUAUUGCAGAGGGCAGCACCACAACAAUAAUGGACAAUCACAGGAAUAAAAGGAUUUUUUUUGCCCGGAACUACUAGGAUGGCAUGUUUCCAGAGGGACUAACCUUAUGCCGUUGGAAAUACAGCAAUGGCGUCAGUUACACUGAACUUUUCCAUAUCCCCUCUCUCCACACACACCCUGCCAUUUUCCUCCUGACCCUUCCUAUUGGUCUUGGUGCUAAAGUAUCUCUGGAACUGAUGCUGCUAGCUGCUAGCUUUUCAUUUAUAUAAAUAUAUGAUUUUAUUUUUUAAACCGUACGUUUUCAGUGGUAAUGUAGCAUGUUGUUGAAGCAGUUUCUCUUAGGGUAUAUCUGCACCAGCUUCCUUCGCUGUGUCUUUUUCUCCUCCUUUCUUUUCACUCAGUGGAAAUGUCCCGGGAAUAAUCUUUUAGCAUUGUUCCCAUACAUGCAUGAUUCUUAUAUCCAGGACUCAAAGCUCAUUCCCUUCACCCCGCAACUGCUCAAUGAAAAACAAAGAAAACCCCAGAUACCUUGAUGUGUUGUCAAGCAAAAGAACUAGGGAUAGAGGCUCCCUGCUUUGUGGCAUCCCCAUGGGAUUGUAAAGCAGUUGGAGCUGCUAAGGGAACUCAGCCUGGCUGUCUCCAGACAAAAGGAAGGGGGGGUGGGAGGGAAGAUAGUGGAAGGAUUUAGUGAGUUGUCUUAUGACAAAUGCACAACAGUAGCAUAAGAAGCGGCACAUAAGCAAAAAUAGAAAGAAGAUGGGUUGAAGCAGUGGUUUUCAACCAGUGUGCCGUGACACCCUGGGGUGCCUUGAAUGAUGGUUGGGGUGCCAUGGGCAACACUGGCCUCUGUCCCUCUUUCCUUCGCUCCCUCCUUGGAUGCCCUAUCAUGUCUCUGCCUCCCAAAAGCUUGCACAACUGUUUGUUGCAGAAGCCCUGGAUACAAGGUCCAAGGCUGACCAAGGUGGGACAGUGUGAGGAGGCACUUCUCUUUGGGGUGGGGGGCAGCUCAGAGACCGGGGGGCAGCUGUAACUGCCUGGCGGACUCCCAAGGUGAGGAGGCUGAGGAACACUGCACAAGGGAGGGUGUCGAAAAGCGGUGAGGGGCUGCCGGCUCUGCAGGCAAGGGGUGGCACAACUGGGCUCCUGAGCCCCACAGGGGUGCUGCAGAAAGAAUGCAGUAGGUCAAGGGAGCCGUGGACCCAAACAGGUUGAAAACCUCUGGGUUGAAGAAUGAGCCAGAGGGAGAAGCUCUAGGGUAGGACAAUUGUAAUUGUAUGGGAGUUGGUGGUUUUUAAAAAAUGUGGUACUGACUUCCAUAUGAAAGCAGGGGGGAGCAGGAAUUGGAAAACUAUCCUAGGCAAUCAGGGACAGCAAACAGAAUCAGGUGCAGAUCGCAGCAACUCUUUGUACAGGAAAACAACAACUGGUGCAGAUAUACCUUUGGUCCAGCCCUCACCGACUCGGUGCCACUUGUAUCAGCCCCGGGCGAAAGUGGAGAGCACCAGGUUGGUGAAGGCUGCUCUAGUCACUUCCACUGCCAGGGUUCAUGCACUGCCUUCUCACUCCGCACAAAGAUACACGCACACGCACACACAGAGAAUGAAGCAGUGGCACAGAGAUCUGUGCCUUGUCUGCGUUCUCGUAGCCUCUCUUCCAACUUGACAAGUAGGAUUUUAUGUUGGGCUUUAGAAAUCCCUUGUCUGCAAUAUUACCUGCUUUGGGCUGAUGGUAGGGAGUGAGACUGAUGAGCACAGAAGGAAGAUUGGUUAGGGGAAAUGUUACAAGAGUUGCGUAGUUUUGAUCAUUUUUGACAGCGGUUAGAGCAUCGUUGGUAUUAACGCUACAAUGGUAACUUAAUGUAGAAUGUUUUUACAUGAUGCUAUUCUAAGCAUAGAAACAACUGCUGGGAUUUGGAGAGCCUUGGUGUGACCCAAGGCCAACUGAAUACCAUGGGUGAUAAGAGAUUAGCAUUGUCAGCAUUCGUUUGCACAACUAAGAGGCUUCCAUUCACCCUUGUGUUGGUUUACUGGUGAUAUCAACUCCAAGAAAGUGGUUACCACUCAGUCAAGUGGGGGUGGUGUGGGGGGGGGUAUAAAUGCUUUGCUACUAUAUUCUUACUGUCAGUGGGUUUUGGCCGUUUUAUAGGCCUUGUAAAUGAUGACCCAGCUGUCCCAAUACUCAUAAUCUGGUUGUUUUAAUUGGCUCAUUUCAGAUAAAUAACAGAGGCUCUGGUGGAAACAAUGACAAGCCUGGAUAAAGACAGUUUCGGAAUUUAGAAGACGGUUUGUUAUUUGAAGCACUCCUGAUAUGUGCUAAUGUUAGACUGCGUACACUAGACAGUGCCUAAGGUGAAUCCAACCACAAUUUACAUUGAGAAACCAGUUCUGUAUAUGGUUUCUGAAACAUUGUUCCUCAGGCUAAUAGCUCAGUCGGUAGAGCAUGAGACUCUCAGGGUCAUGGGUUUGAGCUCCACGUUGGGCAAAAGAUUUCUGCAAUGCAGAGGGUUGGGCCAGGUGACCUUCAUGGUUCCUUCCAACACUACGAUUCUAUGAUUCUUAAAGUAGGAACAAUUGGCCUAGGGCUAGAUAAUCUGCAUUUUGCUUUGCCUGUGAUCCCUCUUCAUUAUUGGUCUGGAGAAUAAAUACUUUGCUAGGACACUGGUUGUUUUUAGCUACUCAUUAAAUGUUCAUGAGCUCACCUAGAUAAUUCCUCUUCUGUAAUUGCUUAUAUUCAGGAGAUGUGUUCUUCUGCUCUGAUGCUCAAGCAUCAACGGGUUGCAGGAGGCGUAAUAUUAAAUCACCUGUAGGGUAUGUCUAGAUUGUUGUGUAAAUGGGCAAGAAAAUGAAAUAUUUGCAAUGACCAGCACACAGGGAACAGAAAAUGGCACAGGCUUCUGUGAAAGCUUCCUCUUCUCUCACAUUUUGGGGUUUUCAGAGCAGUCUGUGUGUGUGUGUGUCUGCCUGCUUGCCUGCCUGCCUGCCUGCCUGCCUGUCUGUCUGUCUGUGUAACCAUUUGGCCACACUGUAAUACAUGCAGAACACAAUCCGGUUUAAAUUAAGCAAUUUUAAAUCUUUGUUUCAGUGAAAGAGGCAAUCAGGCGCUUAAUUCACUCGCAUUAAAAUCAGUGGUGCUUAACUGUGGCUGGGCCAUAUUUUACAUUGUCUGCCACUAUUCUCCCCCAUAGCCUUAGUAGUUUAACUAUAAAUGGAUAAUCCAGGUUGGUUAAAAUGAGACUGAAAUCCUCCAUGGCUUGCUUUACAUUUACAGCCUUACCUGUGAUGUUAUACAUUUGAUAGGUUUCCACAUCUGAGCUCCAAAAUUACAAAACCGCUUGUUGCUUUUUAAUUUCAUGUAUAAUCUCCCACUCAGAGUCCAAGUUCUCUCCGUUCAAUGAAAAUGUAUGCAAAUGUUCUCUAUCUGAAAUUAUUUUACUACCAAAAUACUUAAGUUAAACAUGCCUGAAUCUUUAAGCCCCUGAAAGCAUGUUACACCUUGUAAUGGACUGUUUAGUUAAAUAAAAAGAUGAAAAGUAUUACUAAAAUAAAACCCUAGCUCUGUCGAAAUCACGUCCACUUCAAUGAAGACAUAAUUUUCUUAUCUAAGAUUUGGUUGCACACUUAGUAAUUUGACCAGUUGUCAAGAAUCCAACCUGUUAAUGCUAUGCAAAAUGGUAUUUGUUGGUAUCCUAUUAGUGUAUGAAGAUAAAAAUUGCUAAAUAUUCUAAAAUUGCUAAAUAUUCUACAGGGACAGCAUAAGGACUUGAUGAGUGUGUGAUCAUACACAUGUGUCUUAGUUAGGGUAUGCAUAUCAGCAGCAGGCAAAUAAGAAUGCUGGCUGAAGAUGGCAUUGCAAAUGUUGCACUGCCAGGUAAAACAAUGUUGUUUUGCUGCUGUGUAUCACUCUUGUGAGGAGGGGUGCUGCCUCCAGCAGUUGGGUUGAAUAGAAUAUUUGUCUAUGCUCAGUUGCUAUGAUUUCGCUAUCUAUUUGGUCACAGUCAAACUAAAUAGAGGCUGGAAAAAGAGGACACUAGAGGGCGUCUGGUGUUAAGACGUUUGUGGAUGUGUAGCACAGCCAAAUAGCACAAGAAAAGGAAGCUAUUGCCUGCGUUUGCCUUGUAUAGGUUUCUUCUGGAGUGAGGAGGAGAUUAAAAUGGGCCUGGCUCAAAAGUAUCCAAUUCUAGGAGAUCCAACUGGGAUCAGGAAUCCUGUCACAUUCAGGCAAUGGAUGAUUAUGGAUGUGUGAUCUCUUAAAUCUCUAAACCAGUGUGUUCCCAAACCUGGGUCUCCAGCUGUUUUUGGACUACAAUUCCCAUCACCCCUGGCAACUAGUCUUGCUAGCUAGGGGUGAUGGGAGUUGUAGUCCAAAAGCAGCUGGAGACCCAAAUUUGGGAAGCACUGCUCUAAAUGAUAAAAAGAUACAGCUUGUAAUGAAAUUCUUCCUUCUUGCUGAGCACCUGAUUGAUUCAUCUGUUCAUAUCUAUAUCUGUACCUUAACUUGUGGUGUUCUAACUCUUAAGGUCUCAUUGCAGAUUUCCCAGCUAUCUUUUAUAACUCAGGCUCUUCUCUAGAUCUAUAUGUAUGUUUGUCAGAAACACACCAAGCCCACACUGAUGCUACCUUGCAUGCAGACUGCCAGGGGUGCACAAAAGUCAAAUUGCCAUGGCCAUCAAGUCAAAUGCAACAGGGAUUGUGGUAAGGAAACAGAAAGCCAAAGCUUCCUACAUUAGCAAAGCACAGUGAGGACACAAGCAUAGAAUCAUAGAACUGUAGAGUUGGAAGGGACCCUGAUGGUCCUCUAGUCCAACCCCCCUGCAAUGCACAAACAGUGCAGACAUGUAUGGUUCUGGCACAUUUUUUGGGCUAUCACUUGAUCUUUCUGUUAGCCUGUUGUCUGCAGUUCUGCUGGUCUGGACUCUCAGUGGCCAUUCAGAGAUACUGAUCCCACAGCGCAAACACAGCCACUAAGACAGAGCUUGCAGAGCCUGUGACCCUCCAGAUCUCAACAGACUACAAUUCCUGUGGAUCCUUGAUCAUUGCCUAUUUGGGCUGGGGCUAUGGGAGUUUUAACAAUGUCUUCAGGGCUGCAAGCUAGCUACCUCUGCAGUGAGAGGUCUUUCAGGUCAUGUCUUGACUAAUGCUAUGUUUCAGCUUAUAAGAUGGGCCUGUCAUUUGUAUAGCUAAGAGUUGAGACAUGCAUUGGGUUAGUGGCACCCCUUGAUGGCAAAAGUCUAUCUCAGAAACAGUAGAAUACCGGUACUAUGCAAUUCCUGUAUCCGUUUGGAGCCAAGUGAAAUAUGUAUGCAUGAAAUCUGAUUUAAGUGUACAAUGCAUCCUCUUGAAAGGGGCGGCCUAAGGGGCAGGUGUGAGCCUUGAAAGUCCUGUUGCUUUUCAGUGGGAUUUCAGCACACCUGACUUCCUCUGGAUUGCCCUCAUUUGGCAUUGAUCCAGCUAAAUUCAAGCACUUUUAACAUUUCACUGAUUUUCAAGGGGAAAUUCCCAUUAAAACCAGUGGGGCAAAAGGACUUUGGCUAGACAUAAUCUAUACACAGCAUGGCCCUAUAGAGCAGCCCAUGUACAACACACGAUGUAAGAAAUGAAUCCACAUGCCUAUAUAUCACUAUAUAAGACUAUAUAUUUAAAUAUAUAUCUGUUCUCAAUAGAUAUAAAUAUGAAAUUUAGGGAGAAAAUAGGUUGUCCUGUUGCAAAUGCAGGCCCUGCGUUUUCGGGAGAGGCAUAUAGUACUGAAGGCUAAAAACCCCAAGUAUUUUAGCAAGGCUAAAGAUUGGGGUUUGCCUUACUUUGAAGCCUGCCUAUUUGCAGAGAUUUUGCUAUGGUCAGGAAAGAGAAUUCUGCUGGUAAGCAUGGCAGCAUGCCAAAUGAAGCCUGUGAUAGCAAUAGUGGGACCAUCUUGCAAUGGUUGCGGGUGAACAUUUCAUCUGUUUUGGGUGUUGAUAGGGACAGUAAAUGCCUUUAGCUAAGAUGUAUCUGACCCAGUUGCGCACUUCCCCCCCCCUGCUUGUUUUGACUUUCUAAGUGCAGGUUGAAAUGCAGCUUGCGCUCUCCCCCACCAUUCCAGUUUGUAUUGUUCAAUGGCAAAUUGAACAAAGCAGAAUGGUCCGAUGAAUUUGGAGUGCAGUCCCUGGAGGUGGAAGUCUGAGUCCCAUUGCCGUCAGCGUGUGGUACUUGAUGCUCUGUUUAGGGUAGGGAUGCUGCGUUCAUUUGCACAAGGAACAGAGUGUAGUCAAAGAAGAGAGGAGAGAUGGGUGGCAUCCCAGCAGUUGUUGGACUCCAUCUCCCAUCAACCCUGGCCAUCAUAAACAAUGGCCAUCAGUUAUGAGAGCUGUAGUCCUGCAACAGUUGGAGAGCCACAGAUUCUCCAGCCUCGGUACAUAGCGAGGAGGUUUAGCACAGGAAGAAAAGUUCUGAGUGCAGUGAUUAAAAUAGGUAAAUGGAUAUAGCUGGGGAGUCGGUGCAGCUGCAUUGUUGCUCCUCAGCUACUACCAUCUUGUUUGGCUGCUUUUCAAAGAGCUGCUGCUUUUUCCAUUGUUGAAUGAGCAAAUCGGAUAGCUUUCAGGGUGGGCAGUGGAGUUGUGUCACCAGAGAAUACUGCAGCCUGAAUGCUCAUUUUAAUUUUUAUUUCAUUGGUGUUGGCAAUGAGGCAUUAUGACUAGACCACUCCACCAAAACAAUGUUAUUGUGAUGAUAUCCUUUUUAAUAUGAAUGGCAGAUCCAAGCCACCGUCUCUGGCGAUCGUCCUUUGUGAAAUAACGUGUGGAGAGGUCUUCCAGCUGGACGGCCUCUUGCUCUGCUGUGGUCAAAGCCAUUAGGAUGAAGUUAGCACAACUACUUCAUACCAGGAAGAGGCAGGAGGGAGGGGGGGGGAUAAAAGGUUUUGGACUUCCCUCCAUACAGACACUAUGUGAUGACUUGCGCAAGUUUUUUUUUUGAGAAAGACAAAUAUUACUGCUAUUGGGGGCUCGGGGAGGGGGGUGAAUGUGGGAACAGUUUUUCCUCAACAGACUACUUGCACUGACUGGUGUUGCGCAGCUACACAUUUAGAGAGCUUGUGACACACACACACACACACACGCUUAUGGUGAUAAUGCAGGCAAUGUGCGUCAGGCCUUUGCCGCCACCACACAACUCUGGAAACCCACCUCAGUGACAAACCUGGCCUACCUGAACCUCUGCCCCUUGCCCCCCAACCAAGCUUCAGGACUGUAGAGUGUAAUCCCAUAGAAUAACAGCUACCUAGAAAACGUGAUCCUCAGGACUGAACCUCAUGGAUACUGGACUAUUUUCCAGCCUGCAAGCUGCCAGCAAGGCACCCUCACUCUGUGUAAAAUAAUUUUUUUAAAAAAAAAAUACAAACCUGUCAGGCACUUCACCUCAUGUAUAGAAAAAAUCUUCCCAGCCACUGCUGGGGAGACACAUCACUCAAACUGUAAUUUUAGAAAUGCAAAAGGAGGGCUGUCGGACUUCUCCUUUUCAGGUGACCCCACAAACUCACUUUACGAAGAAUCAAGGGGGGUGUUGUGAAGAUAACCUCCUCGCGUUUUGCCUUUCCCCCUUUCCCUUCACAACCCCAGUCCCCAACUGUUAGCUUGAACCAUGCACACGUGUAAAUGAGGGGGAGGGGAGAAACAAUCUACAAAUCUUAUUAUUACAUAUGUAUUAAAAUGUUAAUAUCACACUUUUUUCUGACAAUGUUUUAAAGAAAAGGGGGGGGAAAGUUAUUACUUUGCGGACUGUGCUUUAUAGUACCUGUGUGAAAGAGGCUAGGACACUGGAUACGAAUAGAGCUAUGUUGAUAUAUCCCUAGUAUGUACACGAGAACUUUCUUUUUGUCAUACAUUAUACUUGUAAUGUAAGAUGAUUAUUAAUAAAAAAGAAACACUUCAGUUUA